AUGAUUAUUCCCAUCCGCUGCUUCUCUUGUGGAAAGGUCACUGGCGACCUCUGGGAGCGCUAUCUGCAGCUGAUUGCGGAUCCGCGCAAGACAGAUGGCGAUGCCAUGGAUGAGCUAGGCCUGAAGCGCUACUGCUGCCGACGAAUGAUUAUGACCCACGUCGACCUCAUCGAGAAGCUUCUCAAGUACACUCCCGAUGGACGAAACGAGAAGAAGCAGAGAUUGAACGAGUCGGCAUAGAUU